UGCAAGAACUGCGUGAGUCUGUCUGAGCAUGUGCUGCUGGUGCCGCUGCUGCUGCAGUGAAGUAAAAUGUGUCAAUUUUCAUCGGACAGUAGAGACACCGUGGAGGAGAAGCCGGGGACGGCAGAUGAGCGGCAGGAAGCGGACACCGAGUCAACCAGGACAAUCUCGCCGGGGGAGAUGCAUUUGAUCGUCCGGCUUGUGUGCUGAGGGACACCGCAGAGCUCAGCCGAAAGAUCUUUGUUUUUUUGCUACAGUAAAGUCUGUGUGAAGGCGAGAGGAGGAAGGAUGGUGACAUCGGAAACCCCAGAGGCUCCCGUUCCUCUGACAGCGCUGUCACGCUGGUACCUGUACGCCAUCCAUGGUUACUUCUGUGAGGUGAUGUUUACUGCAGCCUGGGAGUUUGUGGUCAACUGCAACUGGAAGUUCCCUGGCGUGACCAGUGUAUGGGCACUCUUCAUCUAUGGCACCUGCAUCCUCAUUGUGGAGCAGAUGUACCUAAAGCUGCGCGGUCGCUGCCCCGUGCUGCUGCGCUGCAUCAUCUACACUUUAUGGACCUACCUGUGGGAGUUUGGUACGGGGCUGCUGCUGCGCCAAUUCAACGCCUGCCCUUGGGACUACUCUGAGUUCCGCUACAACUUUAUGGGACUGAUCACGGCUGAGUACGCGGUGCCCUGGUUCUGCGCGUCCUUCAUUGUGGAGCGCCUCGUCAUCCGGAAAACGCUGAGGCUGCGCUUUCACGAAGGGCCCGAGGAUGGUUGGUCAAACCAUCAAUCAGAUGCUGGGGGUGGCCGAGGGAAUGGAGGAACUGUGGGGGGUGGGAGAAGGAGAGAGAGGAGCAGAGGGAUGGGAAAUAAUUCUAAUGGCUACCUUAAAGCAGAAUGAAUCAAGGAAUUGAUAAAAUGACACAAUCCAAACCAGCCCAAUCCGACCCUCCUUUUCAUAAGCAGUCCUACCCCUCAGCUGUGUGAGGUGAAGACACACAGCUGUGCAGACUGGGCUGGUAUGCAGACAGCCAGACAACAAACACCUAACUGGGGCUUUAAAUGCCCAAAUCACACACUAUUAACACAGGGGUACCGUUAACUACAUGCUGCUGUGUUUGCUGCAUUUCAUAACGCACCACCCAUUUCCAUGUGGGCUUGACCUUAAGGAGAUCAGGGCUCUCUCUCCUGUCCCACAGUGUUUGGGUAAAAGAACUACUGUUGCAAAGAGUAUGUGUGAUUGUCCUGUGGAGGAAUUAAUUCACGAACAAAUACAUUAUUAAUGUUUUUCAGGGGCACAUCAGUCUAUAUUAAAGCAGAAUGCUUGCUGUGUAGAAAUCAUAGUAAAAAGUAGCUUGGUUGUGAAAUGUCCUUUUUAAAAUGUACAUAUUGUCCUUUAGUAUUAUUCAAAGUACUGUAGUAAUGUAGCUACAAAAGGAUCCUUAAAGGUGCUGUAUACCAGCAUUUUAUUUUGAAAGGUCAUUCACGGCUAAAAAUAAGGAGCUUUUGUGUCACAGCCUGCUGGUAUCGAUACACAAUAUAGUGCUUGCCUGAGUGAGCUGGUUAGCAGUGACUGAACUUUCAAAUUAAAAUACUUGUAUUCGACACCUUUGAGAGUAUACCGUCCACCCAGGAAGCAAUGCGCCAUCUGUCAGCUUAUGUCACGACGAAUGUUUCUCUGCAGUUAGAGAAUACCCACAAUGCCUAAAAAAACAAAAAACAAAAACAAUGCAUGAAAAAAUUGUCUUCCAAUAUAAUGUGACAUUUUUUUACAGAGCUCAUUCAGCAGCCAUACUGUGUCUCUCCACAAUCAGUCUGCUGCUUGUGUGUUAAUGACAGUAGCUCAGAAGGUGGAGCUGGUCCACCAGCUAUCAGGGUUGAUUGCCUGUUGUCUCCUGACUGCAUGAUGAAGUGUCCUUGAGUGAGACGUUGAUACCCAAACUGCUCCCGUUGAGCAGGUCAUGGCCUUGCAUGGCAGCUUCUCCGCCACUGUGUGUGACUGUAGGUGUGUGUGUCUGCAAGCUUAUAUGAUGGCACUAAAUAAAUGCAGGGACGCCUUUCUGCUGUCAUGGUUACAAGUCACGACCAUCAGCAUAAAGCACAAAGCUUCUCGGUAAUGUGCUUUUUUUUUUUUGCAGCUGUUCAAAAACGUGCACACGGCUCGCUGUCUGCAUUUUGUUUGCUUUAAUGUUGUCGAGGCCACACAUGCCUCAUGUAUGUAUGUAAUUGUCGUUCACUGGAACACAAUACUCCUUCCUGUCCAGUUACAGUGCACACGUAUGGAUAUGUUUGCUGAACAAGUGAAGCCUGUGAACAGAGAAUCUCAUGGAUGGACACCGAAGGUGAAGUAUUGAUUUCCAAGAAAAAAACAUUUUUUUAAUUUACAAAGAGUCAUCGAAUUAUUGGUCUUUAGGUUUCCAUUUCUGUCCCCAUUGUUUUUGUUGCCGACUUAAGUGAAGGAGAGGAAGUGCACAGCAGAAUUUGUUAAUAAUUCACUGAAGAAACACUCACUAUUCUGCCAUAAUGGAAUUAGUUGCUCAUGUGUUUUAUAAAUUCAUGAUGUGUAAUUUGACCUCUUUGGUAUUACGCUGGAUGUUUCCAUGUGAGGCAGAGUGCAUCAGUGGAGCCGUACUAUCAGCGCAACUAGGUUAAAAUGCUCAAAACUCUGACACUUUUUAACAUUCAUGUCUUAAAAGCAGGUAACCCACACAGAAUAAUGGUAAUCUAGAGGUAGAAGGAUCAAGAAGUGCAUACACUUGCCUCCAUAUGCGGGAAGCGAUGGCAUUCUUUCUAUGUGGUGCUAACUGUUUAAAUGUAAAAGAGGUAAGACACUUCACUUUGAUUUCAAUGUACUGGAGGACUGAUAGCAUAUACUGAUAGCAUGUCAUAUAGAAUAUGAUUGCUGAAAAGUAUAUGUUCUACAGGAAAGACACACUGUGCUUGAUCAACUUAGACUUGAGCAGUUAUUAGAAACUGAUGGACUCUGUAAAACGGUGACCUUCAUCCGUGUUGCGUCACUGAAAUGCAGUGGCUUCCCUUCACUGUCUCUCUAAGCUGGGAUGAAGUGCUGCCACCCGGUGGAUACACUGAAAACAACUUUUAUUAUGCUACAAUGGAAACUAUAAUGUGUAGAGAAAAACUUGUGAAAAAAACAAAAAACAUGUUGUGGUUUUAACCCCAUGGCAUUUUUAUCUGACUUUAACAUGUUUAUUUCAUAUGUGACUCAAAAGGCUUAAAAGCAAUAUAAUCUAUGCCCCAGCUAUGUUUAACUUCUCUUUAAAAUCCAAUGAACUACAAUAUGGUAUGCAGCUAAUUAGUACUACUGCUUUAAUGGAAGAAAUUACAAGAAAAUGCAAGUGUAUUCUCUGCAAUAUGUGAAUGAAGGCGUGCUGAGUGUGCAUAGGGUGUUGUACAGAGACACUGUCUCUGUGUGUGCAUGUAAAGUGUGUUAAAGUUGAUACUCUGGUAUUUUUACCUCCAGUGUGCAUGUGCAAGUGCAAAAAUUAUCUCGUCAAACUCAGAUUUUAACCUGCUGAUUAUUAGCCCCCCAUGCACUGUAACAGUUGCUUUAAAGAAACAAACAAAAAAAGAAAUGUACAGGUUUUUAGUGAAAUCACUGUACUGUAUAUCAAUCAUUUUGUUUUUUGUUCAUGUAUGAUUUAUCAGUUGCUGGGAUUAAAUAUAU